GAUUGUCGACAAAGUGGGAAGACAAACAACUUUUGCUGAUUUUACACGGUGACAUGUGAGAGGCCAAAGUGACACAACAGGGAUAAGCUUAGACUAUAAAAUUCACGGUGCCGAUAUUGGCAGAAUACUAAGUUUAGUGUGACUGUAAGCCAUCAAGAAUGAUGCACCUUGGUGUGUGGCACUUGGGAGCUCAACUGAAUGUCCCCAUACUGGUUUUCUGCAGCAUACUGGUGCCCUCAACCACACAUGCCUAUAUCUACGCUCACUAUAGCAAUACAACAUCCAUGUUGUUUGAGGACCUACCUGCCUUGUUUGGAUCUCCACUUCCUAAGGAUGGACUAAUGGGAAUUUUGGUGGUGUCCCGUCCACUGAAUGGCUGCACAGCAAUAGACCCCCCUCCCCCGUUGCCACCAUCUUAUGAUGCAAAUACCACCAAAAUCAUUGUUCUUAUCAGACGCUAUGACUGCAAUUUUGAUAUAAAGGUAUUGCACGCACAGCAGGCAGGAUACAAUGCUGCAAUCAUUCACAACAUGUACUCAGACACUCUGCUCAAUAUGAACUACAGCAACGACACUAUUGCAGAGGAAAUUGAGAUCCCUUCAGUUUUUACCAGCUACUAUGCCUCCCAAAUUCUCAGGAAUUUCAUAAUUCCAGAACAGGGGGCCUAUGUGAUCCUCAAGCCAGAGUUUGCUUUUCCACUCUCGUACUACUUGAUUCCCUUUACUGGAGUGGUCGGCAUGAUCAUUCUUGUGAUGUGUGUUAUCUUUAUCAUACGAUGUGUACGCUACAGAAAAAGGCUGAGGAAAAAUCGUUUGUCCAAAGAACAGCUGAAGCGGAUUCCAACCCACAGGUUCAGUAAAGGGGAUGACUAUGAUCUGUGUGCAAUAUGUUUGGAUGAGUAUGAAGAAGGAGACAAGCUGCGAGUUCUACCUUGUUCUCAUGCCUACCACUGCAAGUGUGUAGACCCAUGGCUCACACAGACCAAGAAGACGUGUCCUGUGUGCAAACAGCGCGUCACUCGAAACAACCCAGAGCACUCCGAGUCCGAAUCAGAGGAGGAAACUGGAGGACGCGGGGAGGAAGAAGGAACAGAGGGCGAGGCGGACUCAGAGCGCACUCCUCUGCUUCGGCCCUCCAACCCGGGGUCCCCCUCAGGGAGUCCAGGGGCCUAUUCGGCUACCACCACCACCACCACUGCCCAGUGCCUCGCCUCGCCCGCACACUGCGACUCUCCCAUCCUGGGUUAUGAAGGCUACUACUCCCCCCAGGAGGACACGGACUCAGACAGUGACGAUAUGGGAGAGGACAGGCACCACAGUGAUGACGACACUGCUCAGCUCAUUGGUAGGGAUAGAGUGGAGGUCUGAUGGCCAGAGCUUAGCUGCAAUGAGAUUACUUAGUUUUACUUAAAAACAAAGAAAAGAAGGUCCAUCUGUUAUCAGGCGUGCUGUCAUCACACCGUUACAUUAAAAUAGUUUGCAGAUUUGUGGUUAGCUAGACAUUUAGGAUUCUUCUGAUUGUAACAGAAUCUUUUACUCAGCCAGAGGACGUCUCCUUGUUAGUGUCAAAGCACAUGCAGCACCUGCAUUGAUCAGUUUUACCAAAAUCCAACACUGAGCAUCAAACCCUAAACUUCUAUACUCACAUUCACUCCAGUACUCCUCUAUUUGCCUCUAGGCCUCCUUUUUUAAUGUAUAUUGUAAUUCAUAACUUGUCCACACCACAUGACCUAACCACUAGUGCUGCACAAAAUGAUUGGGCCAAUUAAAUGUCUGUUUAGGUAAGAAAAUGACUCAAGUGUAACCAAACAGAAUGAAUUCUGUGCUGACAUUUUAAUAUGAUCCUCUAGAUUCUCUAUGUGAGAUUUAAGUUGGGUUAGUGCAGUUUGAAGAGUCUUUUGUAUUAAUCAUAACUGUAUCUGACAGUCCUUUUAAACAAACUUUUAAUUGUUUCCUAACAAGGAUGUGCAAAGGGUGGGGGGAAGUGUUUGUCUUUUUAUUUUUUAAUCCCUUUAGCUUUCUUUCUUUCUUUUUUUUUUAAAUGUUUUAAAGCUACAUUUCAGUUUUUUUGAAAUGUCAAGAUUUUUCUCAUAUUCCACAGUAAAAUACACUAAAAUAGAAUAUUGCAAACAUGUUACACAUUUAUGCUGCUUUUACAUGGUUAUUGAUAUGACUGUGUGGUCAGUUUAAGGAAAAAAUAUUUUAGCUUUAUCCAGUUUGUCAAGUUGAACAAACUCAGGUUUUUAGCAACAAACUAAAGGUCAGUGGAUAUUGUAAAUGAACCACAUAGUGAGAAUUAAUAUGUUUUGGUCCUAGAAAUAGUUUUAGUUUUUUUCAGUAAACUGCAGAUUCAUGAAUAAUUAAUGAAUUUGUUUUUAUACACAGUAGAAUGAUAUUAUGUUGAAUUGUGGGACCCUGGAGGUGUUUUUAGGAAAAAAAGAGCAUUGCCUUACAUUGGCCUUGGUGUACAUGUGUAUGUUCAAUUAAAUGUAUGGAAAUUGAAGGGACAGGAUUCACACUCCUUUGUUUUCCUCUCAUCUAGCUGUAUUUAAUACUCCUGAUGAGACUGCUUUGAUCUUGUACCCUGGUUCUGAAUAUUAACUACAUAUUAGUUUUAUCGUGACAAACAAGGAGGAAAAAGCCUGUGUUUGCACGUUUUGCUAACUUAAUCAUGCUUGACUUGCACCUGAAAAUUUGGACAAGCUCAGCAGCUGUCAAAUGAGAUAUGAUUUCUUCUACUUUCUCUCUACUUUAUGAAAUGACCUGAGUGGGGCUGAUGCUGUUGAUUUGUAUAAAGAGCACAACAAAUAAGAACCUUGAAGAGUUGUUUCAGCCAAACUGCUUUAUUGCUCUAAAUAAAUGUACAGUGUUUAACUUGAUCUAAGAUCAGAAAUUCAUAACUGGAAUUAUUGUUUUUAAUUUUUGAUAAACUUAUGGGGUAUGGAAACUUUAUAUUUAAGUACUGUACACUCCCUUUUUGCUGAGAUGUGACAUGUGAUCAGUGUUUCCUCUGUAUUCAUUCUAUAAUCCGCCACCAUGAUGAGAGAAAAGUUUAAAUCAGAAUUGUUAUUUUAUGUUAUUGUCAUCAAUUGUUUCAAGAAUUAUUUUAUCAUUUAACAUGUCCUACACCACAUCAAAUAGCUGAUCAAAUGUACUCCUCCCCCAAACACCACAACUGCAUAUGAAAAUAGAGGAAACACUGCACAUGAUGUAUAUAAAUUCUGUGUCUGAGGAUUUGUUGCAUUUUCGUGUUGGAGUGUUAGCGCGGGGAAAUCAGUAGGACUGUAAAAUGACAACAUUCCAUCUUUAUAUUUUACUGCUGAUUGAUUAAAAGACUCCUCACUGUCAGGUUAAAUUGGGAUUUGUUGGCAAUAGUCUGUAUUGUAAAAUAGAACAGCUGUUUUCCUGUAUUUGCAGUAUGCUUCAAAUCUCUUUCAUACUGUAAUUGUUUUUUGUUUGUUUUUUGCUCUAUCUGUCUCUAUUUUAGAGACUGUUAACUGAAGCACAUGGAGAAAUAUAAUACCCUAAUUAUAUUUUUUCCUUCUUUUAGAAUGUGCCUAGUUUAUCACACUUAAAUAAUAAAUGUACAGUGUCAAGUAUAAUUUUCAUGUAUAACGCAGGUUUGAAAAGCUGUAGGGUAUCUAAACACAGUCUAUGGAAAGCUGCUUUUAAUGUAUGAAGAUUAAAUGACAUGGAAAUGGGA